AUGCAUCUUUUUUUCGAUGCUUUUCUAAUUGCUUCUUCGCUGCAUUUGAUUUUGCUAUUGGAUUGCGCAAGAAUUCCGAAAGCGUCCAAAAAACAACUUGAACAUGUCAAGAAAUUGCUGAAUGAUCAGGUUGAGAGGUGAGCGAAUUUUUGGGGAGAUUCAGAAAUCUUUACGAGGCUUGAGAGCGUCUCUGGAAAAUUCAGAACGCUUCUGAACGCUUCUGGUGAUUUCUGGUGGCUUCAGAAGGCUUCAGAAGGUUUCGGGGGGAUUCAGAAACCUUUAGGAGACUUCAGAAGAUCUGAGAGCGUUUUUGGAAAACUCAGAGAGCUUUAGGGGCUUCAGGAGGUUUCAGAAGAAUUGUGUUGGCUUCAGAGGCCUUCAGAGAGCUUCAAAGGGUUUCAGAGGGCUUCAGGAAGCUUCAGAGGCCUUUAGAAGACUUCGGAACCCUUCAGGAGACUUCAGAAGACAUAAGAGCGCUUCUGAAGAAUUCAGAAGGCUUCAGAGGGCUUCAAAUGGUUUCAGAGGCCUUCAGAAGACUUUGCAAGGUUUCUAGCGAUUUCUGGUGGCUUCAAAAGGCUUAAUAAGGCCUGAGAGCGUUUCUGAAGAUUUUAGAAGGCUUCAGAGACCUUCAGAAGACUUCAGAAGACUUCAGAAGACUUCUGGUGAUUUCUGGUAGCUUCAGAAGACUUCAGGGAACUUCUGAAAGCUUUAAGAGGCUUCAGAAGACUUCAGGAGGCUUUUGAAAGCUUCAGAAAAAUUUAGAAAGCUUCAUCUUGAUUUAUAGGAAUCUAUAUAGGAUAUGAGGACUUUUUUUGAAUUUUUUAUAUGAAAAUGUGUAUGUUUCUAGUCACAACAAUAAAAUUUAACACAAAAUUUAAAAUUUUUUACUGAAUAUGUGAAUGGGCUUUGAUAGAACUUUUGGAUUUAAUUUCAAAAAAUUCGGAUUUUCGAACCAAAAAAAAAGGGAAAAUCAAAAUUUCUAAUUUCCAGCCACAACAAUCAAAUUCAAAACGAUGGCUUCGACUUAUUUCAAACAAUGCAUCGAGAUCCUCAUGCAAAAUUGCAUCACGAUGAAUUAUCAGUGAAUAAUAUUGAUGAAUAUUUUCAAGGUGAUAUGGAUUUAUCAGAACAGCAGAUCAAAAUAAUUGAGGAUCAAUUUGUAGAAGGCAAAAGGGAGAAACGGAAGGUGAGAAGCCUUGAGAAGCCUUGGGAAGCCUUGAGAAGCCCUGAGAAGCCUUGAGAAGCCUUGGGAAGCCUUGGGAAGCCUUGGGAAGCCUUGGGAAGCCUUGAGAAGCCCUGAGAAGCCUUGAGAAGCCUUGGGAAGCCUUGGGAAGCCUUGGGAAGCCUUGGGAAGCCUUGGGAAGCCUUGGGAAGCCUUGGGAAGCCUUGGGAAGCCUUGGGAAGCCUUGGGAAGCCUUGAGAAGCCUUGAGAAGCCAUGGGAAGCCUUGGAAAGCCUUGGGAAGCCUUGGGAAGCCUUGGGAAGCCUUGAGAAGCCUUGGGAAGCUUUGGGAAGCCUUGGGAAGCCUUGAUAAGCCUAUAAAUAAUUUUCAGAUCGGCAAAACUCCGCUCUACAAAAAAUGGGAUACAUCAAUCCCCAUCAGUUUCGACUUCUCAGACAGUAUCCCACCAAAAACCCGCCAAAAAAUUCGUGAAGCCAUGAUUCUAUGGCAGCGAAACACUUGCAUCAGAUUCCAAGAGGGUGGUCCGAAUGUGAAUCGCCUCGAAUUUUUCGAUGGUGGCGGGUGUAGUUCGUUUGUGGGAAAGGUUGGCGGAACUCAGGGAAUAUCGAUUAGUACACCGGGUUGUGAUGUGGUGGGGAUUAUUAGUCAUGAAAUUGGACACAGCUUGGGCAUUUUUCAUGAGCAAGCUAGACCGGAUCAGGUGAGAGAGUUGGAGGGUUAGAGAGGCUAGAGAGGCACCUAUUCCAAAUUCACUUAACAUGAGCAAUUACACAGAGAAACUUGCUAUAAUCUGAGCAAUCCUCAGAGAGAAAAUAAGUGUUUUCCCAAAAACCCGCCAAAAAACAAAAAAAAGAACACCUUCCUCUUUUUUCCCGCAAACAAGAAAAAACAAGCGAGAGAGAGAGAGAAAAUAGUGUGUGUUUUGAGGAGAGUGCGCAGAGAAGCAGAGAUAACCUGUGGGACAUACUAGAAAACUGGGGGACACUUUUCUUAUGCAUGUGUGUGUGUGUUUUUUUUUUUUUUUGAAAAAUUAACUUAUUGUGUAUUUUUAUUCAGUGUUAGAUUUUAUGCGAUUUUUUUUUCAUAGCAUUUUUUUUAUUCAGAAAGUUCUGAUGAAACAUUUUCAAUCGAAUUUUCUGAAAAAUUAUUUUAAAUUUUUUCUUUCUAAAGUUUUUUGAAGCUUUUUCAAGUUGUCCAAAUGUUUCUGAAGCGUCUCAAAGGCUUCUGAAACUUUCUGAAUCUUACUGAAAUUUUCAGAAGCUUUUCAAAGGGCUUCUGAAGCUUUCUGGGGUCAUCUAAACCUCUUAAAAUGCUUCUGAAACUUCUCAAAGGCUUCUGAAACUUUCAGAAGCCUUCUAAAUCUCUCCAAUUGUUUCUGAAACUUUCAGAAGCUUUCUAAAGCAUUCUGAAGCUUUCUAAAGCAUUCUGAAAUUUUCAAAAGCUUCUCAAAGGCGUCUGAAGCUUUCUAAAGCUACUCAAAGGCUUCUGAACCUUUCUGAAGCAUUUUGAAACUUUCAGAAACUUCUCAAAGACUUCUGAAGCUUCUCAAACGCUUCUGAAACCUUCUGAAGCUUCUCAAAGACUUCUGAAGCCUCUAAUUUUUCUAAAACGUUCCUAAGCUUUCUAAAUCUUUUCUGAAGCUUUUUAAACCCUAAAUUUUUCCGCUAAAUCAUUUUUUUUUGUUUUUUCAUUAGAGACAACGUGAAAUUGAGAGAGCGUAGAAAAAUUUUCGGUUUUCUGUCUGCGCUCUCUCAAUUUCACGUUGUCUCUACUAGGAAUAAAACAUGUGAAAAAUAUUCUGUAUGUCUGUACUCUCUUAAUUCUAUGUGGUAUUUUUUCUGAAAUAAUUUCCAAGGUUACUGUAUAAUUUUUUGCCUUUUAAGUUUGAUCUGCAGGUUUUUCUACAGUACUCCCUCAAAAAUCAAUAAUUCCAGGAGCGCCACAUCGCCAUAAACUACAACAAUAUUCCACUGGCCCGCUGGAACAAUUUCCAAGCUGUAGACGAUAAUCAUGCCGACACUUUUGAUCUACCGUAUGACACUGGAAGUGUAAUGCAUUAUGGACCAUAUGGUUUUGCAUCGGAUCCAUAUACACCUACGAUUCGGACGCUCGAAAAAGCCCAACAGUCUACAAUUGGACAAAGAGCUGGGCCGAGUUUUUUGGACUAUCAGGCGGUGAGAUUUUGAGCAAAAAAAUCUGAAAAUUUCAGAAAUUUCCUAACUAGAAGCUUCAGAAUAUCUCAAAAAUCCAACCAAAAUAUUUUUUUCCAGAUAAACGUGGCCUAUGAUUGUGUUUCUCGAUGUGGCCCCCUGCCAUGUUUACGUGGAGGUUAUCCAAAUCCGAAUGAUUGUUCGAGUUGUCUCUGUCCAGAAGGUUUAUCUGGACAAUUUUGUGAGAAGGUUUAUCCAUCGACUGAGCAAUGUGGAGGCACGCUUUUUGUGAGUUUUAAGACUUCUCCGGGCUUCUGAAGGCUUUUAAAGGCUCCUGAAGACUUCUGAAGAUUUCUGAAGCUUCUGGAAGCUUUCAGAAGGCUUCUGAAGCUUCUGGAAGCUUUCAGGAGCUUCCUGAACUCUAGUCUUACUGUAGCUUCACAAAUUUAAUGAGAAGGUUACUGUAACCUAAAAAUCCUUUCUGAAACUAGAAACUAUGUUAAAUGAAUUUAGGUACUGUAAAAAACUGUAGCUUCAAAGUACUGUAGGUGAUUUUAAAUGUAAGCAGAAAAAUCUGAAAAUCUUAUUCAAAAUUAUCUAGCAGAAAUAUUGAAGCCAAAAAAAAAUUAAAAUAAAAACUAGAGUACUGUAGCCUGUUUUUUUUUCCCAAAAAAAUCUGAAAAUCUGAAAUUUACAGAUAAAUUCAAGCUAGAAAUUUUUUUUGGAAAAAUCUGAAAAUUUUCUAAAAAUAAAAAUUUUCAUAAAAAACAUUGAAAUCUGCUCUAAAAUACUGUAGGACAUUUUUUACUAACAAAAAUCUGAAAAUCUGAAAACUACAGAUAAAUUCAAACUAGAAACAAAUUCUGGAAAAUUUCAAAAAUUUUCUAAAAAUUCGUAGAGCCUUCUCAGGUCUUUUAAAGCCCUCUGAAGCCUUCUGAAUCCUUCUGAAGCCCUUUGGAAGCUCCUGAAGCCCCCUGAAGCCUUCUGAAGCCCCUGAAGCCUUCUGAAGCAUUUUGAGAUCUUCUGAAGCCUUCUGAAACCCUCUGAAGCCUUCUGAAGCAUUUUGAGAUCUUCUGAAGCUUUCUAAUUUCUUCCGAAGCUCAUUGGAAGCUCCUGAAGCCUCCUGAAGCCCCCUUAAGCCUCUUGAAGGCUGCUGAAACUUUUUAAAGCCCCACAAGAGCCCUAGAAAGCCCCCCAAACCCCUCAAUUUCCAGGCCAACAAAGAAAUCAAAUACAUCUCAAGUCCAAACUACCCCAACGAAUUCCCCCUAAACACGGAAUGCAAUUGGAUAAUCGUAGCACCAGCAGAAGGUCGUGUAUUCAUGGAAUUCGAAGGAGAUUUCGAUUUUCUAUGCGAAGACACUUGUGAUAAAGCCUAUGUCGAAGUGAAAUAUCACAAUGACAAGCGAUUGACUGGAGCAAGAUAUUGUUGCUCUCUAACUCCGAGAAAUAAAUUUAUUAGUUUUACUAAUGAGAUGAUUAUAAUUAUGAAAGGAUUCAAUUAUACGAGUAUUGGAUUUAACGCGAAAUAUUGGUCGAAUUUGGGAGAACCUGAGCCGGAAAGGAAAAUCGAGACAACAUCUACAAGUUCCACAACUUCUACAACCACAACUACAACUACAGUACUCCCACCAAGACCAAUCAAAAAAGUGAAACAUUUGGUGAAACCUACCACAAGAGCACCAGUAGCAACAACCACAACUACCGUACCUCCAACUACAGUACCCACAACCACAGAAGCUGCAACUUCUACACCGGCUCCAGUUACUUUGACAACACCUGUAACGCUUUUCCCGACUUUGGCACCUAUGUGAGUUUUUUUUGGCUUGGGUUACUGUAGAUCGAAAAUUUUGAUUUUUCUAGAUUACUGUAGCUCUGAAUUUAUGAAAAUUGUAGCGCUAAAUUUUUCUAGAUUACUGUAGAUUUUAACGCUAAAUUUUUUUUUGGAUACUGUAGAUCAAAUAUUGACCCAAAUAUUUCUAGAAUACUGUAGAUCAAAAUUUAUUAGAUUUUCCUGGAUUACUGUAGAUCAAAACUUAUUUGAUUUUAAUGCUAGAAUACUGUAGAUCAAAAUUUUUUGGAUUUCGAAGCUAAUUCUUCUUGGAUUACUGUAGCUUUAAACUCAUGAAAAUUUUAGCGCUAAAUUUUUCUUGGAUUACUGUAGCUAUAGUUUUGGCCCAAAUUUUUCCAGAAUACUGUAGAUCAAAACUUAUUUGAUUUUAAUGUCAAAUUUUUCUUGGAUUACUGUAGCUCAAAUUUUGGUGCCAAAUGUUUUUAGAAUUAGAAUACUGUAGAUCAAAACAUUUUCCAUUUUAAUCCCAAAUUUUUCUUGGAUACUGUAGCUCAAAAUUGGCACGAAUUUCAUAGAAUACUGUAGCUCAAAACUUAUUAUUAGAUUUUCCUGGAUUACUGUAGAUCAAUAACAUUUUUUUCAGAAUCCCAAUCCUCGCAUCAACCCAAGCUCCAGAUGUAAUCAAUAGUGUUCUAGGUAAGAACAAAACCUAAAGUACAGUACCUCGAGGUUUAAAGGGACAUACUGUAUUGGAAAAAUCAAUGAUUUUUUGUCCGAAGAACUUUUUGAUUAAUUAUUUGGCUUUUUGAAAAUUAUUUUUGAAGUUAGCCUAACUUCAUUUUGUUAUUCCAGAAUGCGGCUGUGGAUCAUGGUCCGAAUGGCAAGGUGAAUGCUCACAACAAUGCGGAGGCUGCGGUCAACAUACACGAACUCGAACCUGCGAAAAAGAGUCGUGUCGAAAAGAGGAAAAACGUCACUGCAAUUUUGCCACUUGUCCAGAAGGCACCAAUUUUUUGAUCAACAAUUCCGAAUUUCAUAUUUUGUGGAGAGGUUGCUGUGUGGGACUUUUUAGGUGAGAAUUUUUGCUAAAAUUCAGCAUUGCUCAUCUUAAAAUUUUUCCAGAUCUGGUGACCAAUGCACCGCUCUCGAGACAGAACAAAAUCCAUUUUUCAAAAUUAUCAAUAGUCUUUUGAGUAUUCAGGAUGCAAAAAAUAAUUCGACAAUGAUUGCGAAAAGAUUGAUGAGAGGUGAACAUUAA